CAGAUUUGUUGAUUUAUGAGCAUUGUGCCAUGCUCUUGUGUCGGAUGUUAUUUGCUAAAAUGCAUAAAUCGUACUAAGACUCGGGUUCUAAAACAAUUUCACUUGUCACAAUCGAUUUAUUAGAGAGAAAGGGUUUUUUUUCUUCUUUGACAUUAUUGCUCGCUGUAUUGUUGCGUUUUUCGCGAAAGUCUCUAUUAUUACAUAAAAUUGUUACUUGAUUGAAUGGGACCUGCAUGCAUCAAUGAACAUUUGUACUGCGCGCUGUCAAAUCUCCAGACCACAAAUGUUCCAUAAAAUUAGAUACAACAAUGGCUAGAUUACCAUAAUAACAGGUUCGGUAAUAAAGGCUGCUUUCAGUGCUCUCCUUCCCAAUAAGUCAUUUAGUCACGUCGAUGGACAUGUAACUCCUUACACUCUUAUUGUUUUCCCUUUCUUUAAACGGUCAUUAUCAUACCGCAUCAUGAAUAUUUCAAUUGGAAUUAAAAAAUGAAACUGAUCCUUGUUCCAGUUCCGCCUAUUUCUUAACAAGCUAAGAAUGACCGACAUUGCUGGGACCCAUACGUGCCGUGCAUUCUGUCAGCAAAGAAAGUUUAGCGCAUUCUUGCGGCGUUUGUUGUCGACAAGUUGGAGCUCACGAAAAAAGGGCCCGAAACAAAAUUUUACCUCAUUUCAAUAAACGAUCGCUUUGCAUACAUAGAGAAAGUAUAACGCAAUGUUUUAUCGUUUUUACGGUCAAACGACAGAUGCAUGUUUUAUAAAACAACAAAAAUUGAUAGUGUAACAAUUACAUAACGACCUAAACUGUGGUAAAACGCUAAAAAUUAUUCCAAUGCAAUGCUAAAACAACUUUCGCUAAUAGCAAUUACUGAUCAGUCUACUACUCCCAAGCAUUAUUUCAAAUCCCAACGUGGGUCGUUUUUAUGUACUCGCGAUUUUAUUAUUUAUACCAUAAUUAUUAUAAUUGCGGGUAAUUUUAUAAAAAUGUGACGAAUACCAUUUUAAAUGUCACUCGUUUCAGUGCUAAGACUUAAUAAAUCAUGGGUUUAAUUUAAAAUGAUUUAUUACUGCACCCAUUUCACAUGUUGCUUUAAAACCGCCAUAAAGAACAAUAAAGUGUUGAUUUUUAUUUGGCUUAGAAAGGAUAUUGUUAAAUUGUCUAGAAAUUUUGCUUAAGGAAGUACAUUUAAUGUCACCAUAGUAAUUUCACCAGGAUAAUUGAAUUUUUUCUUCUUAUUAAAUAUGAAAGGUGUCGACUGUUGAAUAUUGCUCCACUGUAACCUGAAGCCAAACACAAUUAUUUUUGAUAGCCGUUUAACACACAUAGUCCGUUCUGAUUUACAUAUUAUUGUUUCUUUUGUCGUGAAAAAAUGUAUUUGUAAUCGUAGACAGGUAGACGUGUGCUUUCGGUCAACGAUCUAGAUAAUUUCAAGUAUUGGUUUCAAGUUUUCUAUGUCGUUUCCUUGAAAUUUAAAUAAAAACAAAAUCUGGCAGUAAAUUGCACAAAAUGAGCGAAAGAAAAGGUGUCACUAAUUACAAUUGCAAACUCAUAGCAGCAAUUAAAUCAAAAGAAAUGCAUCUCAAAUUGGUAAGUACUUUCUUCGACACUGACAUUUAUUAAUAUUAAACAAGGCACAACUAUUUAACAUACAACCCUCGUCCGCUAGAAAUUGUUUGUAUAAAAACAAAAAGAAAGUGCCCGUUUCGUUUUUGUUAUUGUAAACCUGCAGUGUGAUGGUGUUGGUUUAGUUCUUUGAUUUUUGAAUACAGUGUGUUACAAGUGCAAGAAUGAACAUGAGGAUGUUUAUGGCAUGUGUUGUGCUAAUUGCCGUUUAUGCCAACACUGUAACGGCCGAAGCUGAUUUACAAGAACAAAACGAAAACCAAUACAUAAAUCCUGUCAACGAUUACGAACAUGAACAUCCGACCAAAGAACAAGAUAAAAGAACUAUUUUUCCCAGCCACCAUGGAUGGGCCAAACACAUCGGUAUUCACCCAUCUGGGUUCAAAUACGUCAUCGGGUACGGACCCGUUGACCUGAAAUACGUACCGGUGGUAAAACCUGUCAGUAUUAAGGCCCAUCCUCACCACCACUACCACCAUCACAAAGUUCACAUAAAACGGCCCGUGGUGCUUAGGCCACUGCUGCCCGUUCGGCCGGUGAUUCACCAAACCGGCUGGAAGCCGGUGGUUCCCCUGGUUAAACCAGUGCAUGUUAAACCUGUCCAUCAUGUUAAACCUGUUCAUGUUCACCACGACCACGUUAAACCUGUUCAUGUUCAUCCUGUGCAUGUUCACCACGACCACGUUAAACCUGUUCAUGUCCACCACGACCACGUUAAACCCGUUCAUGUUCACCACGACCACGUUAAACCCGUUCAUGUUCACCACGACCACGUCAAACCCGUUCAUGUUCAUGUUCACCACGAUCAUGUUAAACCCGUUCAUGUUCAUCCAGUUCAUGUUCCCGUUAAACCAGUAGUUCCGAUUGUACCAUCAAAACCUUUAAUUCCUGUGGCACAACCCGUACCAUUAGUCCCAGUUGCCCCAGCUAUCAAACCUUUGCACCCAGUUCCAGUGGUACCACCCCCUGUAUUCCAGAUAAUCCCAACUGGUCCUGGAGGGGUACCAUUACAUAAUCCCGCUUUAAUUGGACAAUAUGCUCCUUUUGUGCACCAUCAACAUCAAGUUUUUGUUCCCCAGUCAGUGGUACCAGUACAUGCACACCCGCAGCCACCCCACAUACACCCAGGAGUACCAAUCCACGCACACCCUACACAUAUUCACCCCCAAAUACCCCACGUACAACACGACGUUCAAACUCCUUUACUCCCCCAUGACCAUCCCAUUUUCCACCAGCACCCCCAUGCCCACAUUCCCGACCAUCCCCUUGUGCAUCAACACCCCCACGCCCAUAUUCCCGAAUUUUACCACCAACAACACGUUCCCGUUCAACAUUUACACCCAGAACAACAUCCCGAAGUGUUCCACCAACCGGAAGUCCCAGUUCCAGAUCCCGCAAUUUUUCAGCAACAGUUACCCCAUGACCCUAAUUCUGUUUAUCACCGCCACCCUGAUCCACCACUACCCCAACAUGCCCCAACUCUCUUCAACCAACAAAUAAACGGAGAUGUGCAACACCACUUUAGUCAAAAUAUUCAACAUGGGGAUUCCGCUACUUCUAGUAUUAUUUUACAAGGAGCCAUUCAACCGGGACAUACAGACGUCCAGAUUCCUUUACAUUUACCCCAUCAUCCCAAUUAUGCGCCAGAUGAAGGGAGACAUUUCCAUCCAGGAAAUUUCCAUGAUCCUUCACAACAUCCCGAAAUUGUGGCUCCGAAUAUUUCACUGGAACCGCCAUUUACACACAAGAAAUAGGAUUGUUUCUGUUAUGUUUUAGUAUUUAUUUUUAUAAAGUGUAAAUAAUUAAAGUGACACGAAGUUAUCGCGCACCGGGUGCUUGUUUAAGCGAGUCUGAAAAUACGGGGAUAUUUUACCAAAUGUAUUCUUUUUAUACUCUUGUUUUUCCAAUGUACAAAUGUAGGAUGUAUUUUUGUAAAUAAUCGCUUCAGGAAUGCAGUCAAUAAAUCUGUGAUUAAUGUA